AUGGAUAAAGUAUCUUCUUUUGGCAAUUAUAAAAUCAUGCAGAACAUGGUUCAUUACUAGCACAUAUAUACGAAAACAAAACGUCAGUUUCAAUUGUCACUCAAUAUAGAUCAGAAUAUGGCUUCUUCUGUCACAGAUGACGAGAUCACGCAUAUGGAUACUGAGAAGAUCAAGAAAUACUUGUUCCAAAUUGCCAUGAAAAGCGAAUGGAAAAAAGUUGUUAGAACCUAUAGGCUGAACGAGAAGGCUCACAAGGCAAAAAUCACCAGGACGGGUGACACAGCAUUGCACAUAGCAGUGUCCGACAGGCAAGAAAAUCAUGUUGAAGAACUGGUAGGACUAAUUUCCAAUAAAAAUCUCGAUAUGCAAAACGAGCGAGGGAACACCCCUCUCCACUUAGCAGCAUCAAUGGGGAAUGUGAGGAUGUGUGAAUGCAUUGCCAACCGCCAUCUGUUGCUGGUUGAUGCUUUUAAUGACGACAACGAGACUCCUCUCUUCUUGGCUGCUCUCCAUGGUAAAAAAGAUGCCUUCUUAUGCCUCCACAACAUCUACAUCAACAGCCUGGAAGAUGAGCAGAAACGCUACAACUAUUGUAGAAGGAAGGACGGCGACACUAUCUUGCAUUGUGCAAUUUCUGGGGACUACUUUGAUCUGGCAUUUCAGAUAAUUAACCUUUAUGAAGAUCUUGCUAAUUAUGUGAAUGGGCAAGGGGUUUCCCCUCUCCAUCUUCUGGCCGCUAAGCCUUCUGCCUUCAAAAGUGGUAGCCACCUCAGCCCAACCGACAGAAUCAUAUACCACUGUAUAUACGUCGAUUUGCUCACGGUGGAGCGACGGGAUAGCUUUAGUCAGGGGAUAAUUAAGACAUUCAAAGAGGAAAAGGAUCCAAAAUAUCCAGAAAACUACCAGACAUGCAAGAACUUCGUUUGGUUGUUCUGGAAUUUGAUUCGCUUUGUUAGCCCGAGCUGUCAGAAAGCAGAUCCUGAGACGCCUGUUGAACCCAAGAGUGUUGAACCCAAGAGUCCAAGGCACCAAUCAUUUGAUUCACUUCCUGCUAAUUACCGCAUCUGCUUUGAGUAUGUCAAGCUUUUAUCAAAGGCAAUGCUGAUUGUUCUUGGACUAGGGUCUACGCAGAUAAGAAAGAUAAGGGAAAAGAAAGAAAAGCACAAAUGGUCAGUUCAGAUCAUGAAUGAACUGCUAACACGUACUUCCAUGUAUGAGUACGAAUACAGCGGUAUGAAUCCGGAUCCCCGCAAAGACAAAGAAGAGACACUGCCAUAUGAAAUUGUCGGUGACGUCAUCAUGGGACCCGAAAACAUUGAACUUCCAAAAGAUGAUGAUAAAAAGGAGACAAAAACUGAUAAACAAAAUAUGGGAGAAGGGUCAUUAGGAGAAGCGACGGAGAAGAAGACUGAGUUAUUGGCAAAGAAGGAGACACCGAUAUUGAUUGCGGCGAAAAGUGGUGUGACUGAAAUGGUGCAGAAGAUCCUGGAACUUUUUCCGGUGGCCAUCCACGACACGAACACAGAGAAAAAGAAUGUAGUGCUGUUGGCCGUGGAGAACAGGCAGCCCCAUGUGUACCAGCUCUUGCUAAAGAGGAAUGUUUUGAAAGACAGUGUGUUCGGUAAAGUGGAUGACCAAGGAAACAGUGCUUUGCAUCUCGCAGCAAAGCUAGAGGAGCAUAAGCCUUGGCUCAUUCCUGGAGCUGCGCUGCAAAUGCAAUGGGAAAUCAAAUGGUAUGAGUACGUGAAAAACUCCAUGCCACUGCACUUCUUUGCCCGCCACAAUAGAAAAGGCCAGACGGCAAGGGAUCUCUUCACCGAAUCCCACAAAAAUAUCGUGAAAGACGGAGGGCAGUGGCUCACCAACACUUCCGAGUCCUGCUCCGUCGUCGCCGCCCUCAUCGCCACCGUAGCCUUCGCUACCGCAACCACCGUCCCCGGAGGCAUCAAAGAGGACAGCGGCAAACCGACCCUCGAAAACCAGCCAGCUUUCGACAUGUUCGCCAUUGCAUCACUGGUGGCCCUCUGCUUCUCCGUCACGGCCAUGGUAAUGUUCCUGUCCAUUCUGACGUCACGGUAUCAAGAGAAGGACUUCGGCAAAGGCCUGCCCAGGAAGCUCCUGGUUGGGCUGACGUCGCUGUUCGUGUCCAUAGCUUCCAUGCUGGUUUCUUUCUGCGCGGGGCAUUUCUUCGUGCUUAAAGAUAAGCUGAAAUACGCUGUGUUUCCGGUUUAUGCCCUCACCUGCUUGCCUGUGACGUUUUUUGCGAUGGUGCAGUUUCCGCUCUACGUUGAUCUCAUUUGGGCUACCUUUAAGAAGGUACCGCGGAGGAGUUACAAGGUUGCUUCGCUUUAGCUUCCAACUUCAAUUUUAUGGCAUUUGUUUUGUGCUACACACAUAUUAUAUUAUGUAUGUUUUUUUAAAAUUAAAAAAAUGCAAUCUUUUCUAUGUAAGAGAUUGAACAAAUUAAGAUUUAUGGCAUUUACAAGCUAUGUUGCACCGAUACGCCCUCAAAGGGGUAUGCGAGUACCGGAUACAUUUUCAAUACGAUACACGUCAGAUAUGUAUCCGUACUCGUACCCAUACAACAUAGGUUACGAGGUUACAACUUCAAGUAUUUU